ACACCUCGCAUCUUCCUGCAAAUGACUCGAAAUGGGCAGCGUUGGAUUGUUGUAUUGAAUUAAGCUAUAUUUGUGUCUGAAAUCCGUCCUGCUUCAUCUCCUGUCUCCUACGUUUACCGCGACAACGAACCCAAAUGUCGGAAUAACGGGGGAAAAUGCGACUUUGCGCUCAGUCAUCUAGCUAACAAGCUAACCAGCUAGCAGCAUCAUCAGCUGGUUGUUUUAAAGACAUCAGUGUUGGUGAGACUGCUCGCUGAGAAAUGUAUGUUCUCUACACAAUUCUCGCAUCUUUAGUUUUUUUCUUCAUUCUGAAAUGGAUGAAAAAGAGGAGAUAUUUCACCGACCUGAAAAGACUUGAUGGUAAAACAGUUCUUAUAACAGGUGGUAAUUCAGGUAUAGGUAAGGAGACAGCUGUUGCCUUGGCACUGAGAGGCGCCCGUGUCGUCAUCGCUUGCAGAGACCCGGACAAGGCCGAGACGGCCGUCAGAGAGAUCAAGUUAAAGAGUCACAGUCUGAACGUCCUUCACAUGGAGCUGGAUCUGGCCAACCUGCGCUCAGUGAGGGAAUUCUGUAAGAACUUUCUCCAGAAAGAGAAGAGGCUUGAUAUCCUGAUCAAUAGUGCAGGCAUGCCCAGCAUCCUCGACUGGACGGACGAUGGCUUUAGCAUGUGUUUUGGCGUCAACCACUUGGGGCACUUCCUUCUAACCAACCUGCUUCUUCCUCGCCUGAAGGAGUGUGCCCCCAGCCGGGUGGUGACCCUCACAUGCUCCACUUACAAAUACCAGAAAUUGGACUUCCAGGACCUCAAUUACAACUUACUUCCCUUCUUCACCUACUGCCGCAGCAAGCUGGCGAAUAUCUACUUCAGUCAGGAACUGGCUCGCAUCACUGAAGGGAAAGGAGUGACUUCAUAUGCUGUGCACCCUGGUUUUGUGCAAAGCGGCUGGACAUGCUACUACUCUUUCCUGUUCCGGAUGCUGAUGCAGGUGAUCAUGUGGAUGUUUUUUGUGCCGUGUGAGAUUGGAGCUCAGACUGUCAUCUACUGUGCCGUGUCAGAUGAAGCUGCCAAACACAGCGGGGGAUACUUCGUUGACUGCCGACCUGCAGCGCUCCGUCCUUUUGCAAAAGAUGCAGGUGUGGCCAAAAAGCUGUGGGAGGCCAGUGAGAGACUGGUGAAGCUGGCUUAACUGAGGAAUCUGAAGGCACAUUUGAAAUGACCCCACCCCUUCUUGUCCUUUUUCUAUAUUAUUUAUGAAUAUUUUGUUAUGUUUUCAUUAACAUUUUGCUGUCUAAAUUUUCUUUUAUGUACUUGUGUAUUUCAAGUAAAAUACUUUCUUUUACAAACACAAAUUUUUGUGCAUUUUUGUGAAAGACUUACUCUGCCUUAUUUCUAUUGCAGUUGUACAUGAAUACUCAUUUAAUGAAUCAGUGACUUAAUGGUUUAAACACUUGGUUUAUAGCAUAAUUUAUGUGGUGAUUAUUCAAACAAGAUGGGUUAUAUUUUGGUAAAGCAACCACAAUAUGAUUGGAUCUCUGUAUCCGUAUUAAAGUCUUUUCAUAGGAAGUGUUACAGUUUUUAAAUUGUUAAUGAAUCAAAUUGCACCCUGGGCUGUUAAGAAGAUGUGGUGUCAGUUUUCCUCCAGGGAAGCGAAUUUGAGUACUCCUCUCAACUUUGCUGAAUGGAGCUCCAGACCAUGAAAACACAAACACUGUAAAUCAAACAAAGAGAUACGUAGCAAGUCGAUUGAAAAGGAUAUUUCAAAUAUAAGAAGCAAGUGGUGACAACACUGGAGAAAUACAGAUGAAGAAUGGUGUUUUACUGCUGUGGAGCAAGAACAAGCUUGUGCAUGCAUAUAAAGCAGUCUGACCACCUAAACAAUAUCAAGGCUGAUUUGCUAACUUUCAUUUCUUGUUUAUAUUAUAUUUAAUUAGCAAAAACUCA